AGUGAAACCAGAAUUGGUGUCUUCUAGGGGCAGUUGAUUUGUUUGCGGUGCUAUGAGAGAGCGAGAGAGCGGGCAAUGUGCAUGUGCGCGCAAGAAGGGGCACAACUCAUGUGUCGUCGGCAUGUGCGCUCAUUAAAUUAGGAUAAUAUUGUAAAAUUACAUUUCACAGACCUACACAGCAUUGCGCUUAUAGGACAAGAAUCCCCAAAGCCAUAAAUAAACUCAAAAAAUAUGACCGGCUGGGCAUUAUCUCAACAAAAAAAGAAAGAAAAAAAUCCUCUAAGGAAAACACCCACAUGCAAGCAGAAGGAUUCGAACUCCUAACCUAUCAGUGAGAUGCAGGAGUCCCCCGCCAACCGAGAUUGGGUUAAGUCCAUUAGCCUCAAUGCCUCAUCCGUGACUUCCAUAUUUCCAAAGCAGCCUACGGGACUAAUGAAUUUUACUACUUCCAACUUACUACUCAAAAGCUGCCAUAACAGACAACAAAGAGUGAACUGGAUACCGCUAAUUAGCAGCAAAAACGAAAUCUUCAGCUCGUGAUUCUCAUGCAGCAACCACAAUCCAAGGUCAGUCACGCAAAUUCUCACUCUCGUUCCACACCAUUCUGUCCUAUAUAUUCAAUGCAACUCACCCUGCCCUAAUUCUAAACCCACACAAACACACACAUACAUACAUGCUCUAGGGAGAUGGCAGCAAUUGGGAACCGUCUGACGUUGUUGGCGUUUGUCGUGGUGGCUGGAGUAAUAAGUUCCGGCAACAACAUGGUCUCGGGCCAGUGCAAGGGCGACCUGAACGGCUUGAUGUCGCAAUGCGCGGUGUACGUCCAGAAAUCGGGUCCGAAGGCGGAGCCGUCGGGGGAAUGUUGCAAGGUGGUCAAGUCCGUCGACGUGCCGUGCGUGUGCGGGCACAUACCUAAGGAGGCAGAACAGAUGAUUAGCAUGGAUAAGGCGGUCUAUGUAGCGGAAUUCUGCGGCGUUCCGCUUCACCGCGGCAUGAAGUGUGGAAGUUAUACCAUUCCAUGAAGCUAAAUGAAGAUCUUUAAGUGUAAGGCAGGGUUACAUCCCUUUGAGUUACUCUACUCUUAAUGAAUAAAUCUUUGUAGCCCUCGACUUUGUCCCUGCCAUUACUGUUAAUAAAUGCAUCUAUCUAUCUA